AUGACUCAUCCCCAGCAUCUUCAACGUUAUCAUCAGCAACAAAGACAAGAGCAACAAGAGCGAAAAGAGUCGACUCAACAGCCACGUGAUUACAUUGAUGUGUUGCUGGAAAGCGCAGGAUUGGACGAGACUCUACCGUCACAAACGUCGACGACUCUGCCUUCGGAGUCUUGGCACUAUCCUCCUUCCCAAAACGGGCAAAGUAACUCAGGCUCGACGGGUUCGUACUCAUUUAUGGCGCAACAGCAACAAGGUCAACACUUGCAGUUGUCGCCAACGGGAGAACUACCUCACAACCCCAACCUACGCUUUUAA